GCCCCGGCGGUCGCCGCUGCUGCUGCGCUCUUCCGGCGGGCGGGGGCGCGCCCAGCGCGGGCCGCGCCCAGCUCGGGAGGACGGCCUCUGGAGCCGCCAGCCGCGGGCGUACGUGCAGUGCCGGCCCCGAGGGCAGCGUGCCAGGCGGGGUGCGUGGAGGAGGCCUCCGCGGCGGCCGCCGAGGUGCAGGUCAGCGCUCGAAUUGCCAACACAGCCCAUCAUGUGAUCGAUUUCGCCACCAGCUUGAUGAUUGCGGUGUGUGUCACGAUUCCUUGGGCUGCUCCUCAACUCGCUGUAGGCUUGAGUGGAACGAUGAAGAUGAGUGCGCCGCAGCUCUGCGCCGCCAGGCAGGUUCGCUCGGCGGGAGUCUCGAAUUCG